AUGUGGCAGGGCUUGCGUGCGGCAGCUGUUGUAGCUGCCGCUGCAGUUCUGGCAGUCUUCGUUUUUCAUCUCAUAUGGCCUGAAGAGGGCUUGGCCCCGCAGCCGGAAGCUCAAGACGAUCCGAACACGAGCUCUCAAAAACCUCGGAAAGGAAAAGGCGCGGCUGGAAGUUCCUACCCGCGGCUUGAAGCCGAAGAGCACGCACCGGGCGCCCGAGUCUGGACGACCGACGAUCUUGCGCUGCACGACGGUGAGAACCAGAGCAAGCCACUACUCCUGGCCAUCCUGGGAGAAGUCUACGACGUGGGUCCUGGCUCCAGGUUCUACGCUCCUGGACAGGGGUAUUCCGGGAUGGCUGGGAAGGAUGCCAGCAGAGCCAUGAGCAGCGGUAACUUCAAGCAAGAUGCCACUCCGAGCUUACAUGGGUUUUCGAAGGAGCAAGUUGCGGAUGUCAUGCAGUGGCGGUCCUUCUACCGCAAUCACGAGCAGUAUCGCUUUGUGGGCUUCCUUCAAGGCGUGUACUACUCGGAGGAGGGAACUGCGACACCGACCCUUCAGAAUCUCGAGGAGGCCCAGUCCCUCGUCGAGAAGGCGACGAAGGCCAUGACCGCGGCGAGAGAGCGCUUCAAGGCUUGUAACUCCAAGACGAACCAGGGGGAUCCUUACAUGGAGCUUUGGUGUGAUCCUGGGUAUCACGGAGACGGGACAGAGCCGGUUUAUCUAACGGCCUACAUUGCCGAGUCGAAGAAGCAAGAGUCUUGGUGCGCCUGCGCGUCUCCAUCUGCACGAGAGGGGACGGCGAAGACAGCAGACACCGGGAUGACCUUCAAAUUCACAGACUAUCCAGAGUGCAAAGGCAAGUCUCGGUGCCAACGGCCCAAGACCGCGGGUCCUCCAACCGCGCAGCCUGGGAAGUAA